GCAGACGGUGACGUAGUGACUGAGCAGAGAGGCCUUGGGAUGCCCCUCUGAGCUCUGCUCUCACUGUGGCUUGUGUAGGGACUGGACUGAAGAGCUUGCACUCUUACUUGUGUACUGUAGCUCUGCACCACACUGGCCGGUACUGGGGACCCCCUCCUACGAUAGGACAGCGCCGCUCCCUCCAGGAACCCACCGUGUGUGAGGAUGAAGCUUAGGGUGAGAGCGGGGAAACAGACCCACCAUCUGCUGCUGGAGGAGGAGAAGCCGCUGCUGGGAGACCUGCGUAGGAAGCUGUCGGAGUCUCUGCUCCCCUCGCUGGGGUACAGCUCAGAUGCAGCUUUCGCCAUCACGCUGAACGGCAGAGACGCCCUCACCGAGGAUGACAGUCACCUGGAGUCCUGCGGCAUCAUAUCCGGGGACCUCAUUGUCCUUCUCAUAGCUUCUGCACCAACCUCACCCCCAGAGCCACCGCCCACCCAGGCCCUGCGCCCAUCUGCCAGCUCUUCUGAGGCUUCUGCCGAACCCAUCGGGACACCCUCCAAAAGGCAGAGAGACAGUGCAGGUCCGGGGAUGGAGAACGUAGCAGAGGUUCCUGAGCUGAGUUCUUCUCGAGCUGGCCCGGGGGCUGCCCUGCCGGAAGAGGCCCUGGGCUGUACUCUGGAGCCCAUGCUGUGCAGUGAGUCCGUAGAUGGGAAGAUUCCACACUCCCUGGAGUCUCUGUACUCCUCCGCAGCCUGCGCAAGCGCCAACGACGCACUUAUGGUCGUCAUCCAUCUGCUUAUGCUGGAGACCGGCUACGUAGAGCAGAAUGUGAGAAGCAAAGUUGCGUCCAUGCCGGAGGGUUGGCGCCGCGGCGAUGGAGUCUACAAGCUUCAUUACUCUCACCCUCUGUGCGGUGACAGUUCCACUGCCCUGUCCUGCGUGCCAAUGUGCGGAAAGCUCAUUGUCAAUGCGACCUUAAACAUUAACAACUGCAUGAAGAGGCUGGUACUUUCCACCAAUUCCUACAUCUCGUACCCAGAACAAGAUAAUAACGUGGCCUCGGUGUACAGAAACCUGCAGACGUUAUCACGCCUCUUUAAAGACCAGAUCGUCUACCCGCUACUCGCUGCCACCCGGCAAGCGCUCGAGCUACCGGAUGUCUUUGGGCUGGUGGUUUUGCCGCUGGAGCUGAAGCUGCGUAUCUUUCGUCUCCUGGAUGUUCGCUCCAUUCUGUCACUCUCUGCCACCUGCAAAGAUCUGCAGGGGGACAUCCAAGACCCCUCUCUCUGGAGGUUCCUCUGCCUGCGAGAUUUCCGAGAGAGUAUUCCACAGAGCCUGCCGACGGACUGGAAAGAGCUGUACAAGAAGAACAAGAAGUAUAGCGUUCCGCGCUGGAGAUUCGAUCCCUACCCGCCGGACUUCCCCAUGCCUUACCGCCCCGCACCAUACUCCCCUGACCUUUACCCACCCAACUUUCCCUACCCACCUGGCAUUAUUGGGGGCGAAUAUGACCAGCGGCCCAUUCUGCCACUUGCCAGAGAUCCCCUCUCUCUUUUGGUCCCGGGCAGAGACCCAGCCACAGGACAAUUCCACCCCAUCAGGCCUCGCUUUGAUCCCCUGUCCCCAGGCCGCAUUCACUGCCCCCCCAGGUCCGAGUGGGGGCCGUUCAGCCAAGGGGGAUUUUUUUGAACUGUUUGUGAUUGAAAUGGAGCUUAAUGAGGCCAGACAGGUGAACAGCGCAUUUGUGGAUCUGUUUGACAUCUCCGCCCUGUCAAGGUCAUGGGUUAUAGUAUCAGCGACUAACUCUGUUGUGUCUUAUCUGCAGAUAAUAAACAUAGUCCUACUGCUUACAUCUGGACCCCGGUGCAUUAUCUAAUCCCCUGGGGAUGAUGAGGGUCAUAGCUCCUCUAGUGCUUGUAAUAAAAACGCCUCCUAAAAUCCUUCUGCCGGUGGUCCUGGGCAAUGUACCCACCACUAAAUUCAGGAUUACGCUUCAAGGAUUAUAAAGUGGUGACAUUUUACCCUCGUUCUACUGGUGAACUAAUUCCUCUGCUUUGAUGGGCCAUUCCCAUCGAGCCCCGGAUCAGGACAUCACACAGGUGUCAGAGUGAUAGAUAUCACUCCGCCACGCCAACCAGUGACUCGCUUCAUAAACAGAGGCGGGAGUGUGCGGGGGGCUUUCUAGUGACACGUGCUGUGGAAAUUGUAUCGAUCUCUGCAGCAAACUAGAUUGUAAGCUUUUUGGGUGCAACAUUUUUCAUGCAUUAAAUUAUAAAUUGUA